GAGGGAUAAAUGCUCCCCAAUAGUGUGGGCUGGCAGGGGGCAGCUAGGAAUGGUUGCUCCUGUAAAUAUUUGACUUCUAGAGUUGCCAAACCCAAUCCUUGGUAAAAGACCACGGUAAGAGGGGGUUUGUUGAUGUUGGCAAUGACAGAGGAGCUGGAGUCGAGCAGAGCAGCUUUGGGCUGGGACCAGCAUCCCAAAGGAUCAUACUGCUUUUCCCCACUGUGUGGGUGAUUUACAUUGGGUGGAGAACAGUGGUCCCCCCAACUCGUGCUGGGGCUCCUAGCGUGCUUCCCCCCCCGGGGCAGACAGGAGCUGGCAUCAGCUGGAGGAGAGGCAGUCAGCAGCAGCGUGGGAACCCCUGGGUGGCGGGGGGGACCCCGACCUUCCCCCGGGACCAAACCUGCCCCAGCUCUCUCCUUGCGCCCCCUCCCGCUGCCUCGGACGGGUGGGGGGGGUGCGUACCCCGGUAUCCAUGGCGAUGGGAGGUUGUCCCCCCGCCGCCCCCCUCCGCUGCAGCCGCCGAGCAGCCGCAACCGGCUCGGCGGCACCAGCGGCAGCGCGGUACCGGCACCGGAGCUCGGCUCCGGGAGGGUGACUGGAGGAGGAACGGGGACAAAUUCAGCAAGCUCCCCGGGCGGCAGACCCCCCAGCCCGCAUGCCGGCGAGGCAGACCCCGGAGCCGGGCUGGGACAGCGGAGGCCCUUCCAAUGGCAGCUGGCCCAACUCUACCACAAGCGAGAGCCACCUCCCAAGAGAGAACUACACCUUCCUGGCCUACUACCAGCAUUCCUCCCCCGUGGCUGCUAUGUUCAUCCUGGCCUACACCUUCAUUUUCCUCAUGUGCAUGAUCGGCAACAUCCUGGUGUGCUUCAUCGUGGUGAAGAACCGCCAGAUGCGGACGGUCACCAAUGUGUUCAUACUCAAUUUGGCCAUCAGUGACCUGCUGGUGGGCAUCUUCUGCAUGCCCACCACCUUGGUGGACAACCUCAUCACAGGUUGGCCCUUUGACAACACCAUGUGCAAAAUAAGUGGCCUCGUGCAGGGCAUGUCUGUCUCUGCCUCUGUUUUCACGCUGGUGGCCAUCGCUGUGGAGAGGUAUGUUGGCAUGAACAUGUGGGGACAUGGGGUCCUAGCCACCUCCAGAGUGUUAUGGUAUCCCACGUGGUUUCCAUCACGGGAAAUCUCCUGGGGACAUCAUGAGUGUGUCCCAGAUCUCCUGGAGGAUCACAAAGUUACCCAUGGAGAAUCCCAGCACGGUGUCCUUCCCCACCUUGAGCUGAAAACACCAAAUCUGGAGAGAUCCCAACCUAUCUCUGUCACCAAAAGCCCUGUGUUUCGCUGCAUCGUCCACCCCUUCCGGCAGAAGCUAACACUGAGGAAAGCCCUGGUGACCAUCGCCAUCAUCUGGGUGCUAGCCCUGCUCAUCAUGUGCCCUGCUGCCAUCACCCUGACUGUCACCAGGGAGGAGCACCACUUCAUGGUGGACACCUAUAAUAACUCCUACCCCCUCUAUUCCUGUUGGGAGGCCUGGCCUGAGACGGGGAUGAGAAGGAUCUACACCACUGUCCUCUUCUCCCACAUCUAUGUGGCUCCCCUUGCCCUUAUUGUCGUCAUGUACGCCCGCAUUGCCUUCAAGCUCUUCAAGUCAGUGGCACCUGCCCAUGGCCAAGAGGAGCCAGAGGGGAGGAAAGUCUCCCGGAGGAAGGCCAAGGUCAUCAACAUGCUGAUCAUCGUUGCCCUCUUCUUCACUCUCUCCUGGCUGCCCCUCUGGACACUGAUGCUGCUGACGGACUAUGGCCAGCUGAGCGAGGGUCAGCUCCGCCUCGUCACUGUCUACGUCUUUCCCUUCGCCCACUGGCUGGCCUUCUUCAACAGCAGCGCCAACCCCAUCAUUUACGGCUACUUCAACGAGAAUUUCCGACGGGGGUUCCAGGAGGCCUUCAGAGCCCCCAUCUGCUCGCUCCACUGCCAUCACCAGCACCACCACCAUGGGCCCUACACCUCUAGGAGCCAUGGGAUCUUCUUUGGUGCCCGCAACCGUGUCUUCACGCAUGCACGGGCCAGUGAUUCACCACCUGCCUCUGAGUCAGGGCCAUUGGCACCACGCCGCACCGGUGUUCAUGCAUGGGACAGCUGAACAGCCAU